AUGGGUGACUGGAUUCCUAGCUCACUUUCCUGGCAUAAAUCAUCCCGGACAUCAGACUCAUCUGAGUUGCUUGAAGAUGUGGCCACAGAUCCAGUAUAUGUGAACAUACAAGAACUUCAGUUGGAGCACAGUACUACCACUGUCAACGAUUCCCCAUUCCAGUUGUGUCUCAGCAAUACUUUAAACAACUGGGAAAUUCACACCGACACUGAAAGUGGUCAUUUCUUCUAUUACAAUUCUGCGACUGGUCAGACAACUUGGGAGUCUCCCUUUGGGGCUUCCUUGAAUAGUGUGAGUCUUUCCCACUCUCACUGUCCCAGCCCUGACUCAUCUGCUGAGUGGAAUCAAUAUGUAGAUGAGAAUAGUGGGCAAAUAUUUUUCUAUAACGCAGCAACCGGUGAGACUUCGUGGGAGGCACCCCAAGAAAUUUUCAAUCCUCCAGAGAUGCGGCCUUCAUUUACUAGGAGAUCUCCGAAUCGGAGACCACCAACUCCAGAAACUGACUAUCCAAAACUUUCUCCUCGUGAACUUUCUCCAGAGGAAGGUUAUUCUCCAGAUGGAUCCUACAAGCAAUUUGACUAUGCUGGUAUUCCUUCAGCAGACCAGGGUUGUGCUUCCCCUGGCACCCCAGAAACAUCGUUUGAUGUCCCAGAUAUGGUGACCACUUCUGGCAAUCGCCAGAGCACCAGUAGUGGAUCUAGUCGUGGCAGCAGUCCUUUUGCAAGUUGGCCCCCCAGCCAAUCAGUUUACCCUGGGUCAAAAGAUGAGCAGCUGAAAUCUCUUGAGAAAGCUGGGAUGUUGUAUCGGACAAGAACUGCUGAUAAAGGGAAACGCCUGAGGAAGAACUGGACCUGUGUAUGGACGGUCUUGGAAGGUGAUGCCUUAAUAUUUUUCAAGGAUUCCAAGCAUUCAUCUUCCAGCAGUGCAAAGUAUCCCUCUGUGUUAAGUAGCCCAGAGUUUAGAGUGAAUCUUCAUGGAGCAUCUCUUUCCUGGGCCCACAAAGACAGGUCAAGUAGAAAGAAUGUCUUGGAGCUGAAGACACGGGAUGGCUCAGAGUAUUUGAUCCAACAUGAUUUGGACUCCAUUGCCAGCAUGUGGCACAAUGCAAUUAGUAAUAGAAUUGGCAAACUGGGUAUAGAUUUCCCUUUGGAAGAGGAGGAUGAUAAUAUAGCAACUGUAAAACACAAGGAACAAACAGGAGGAAACAAAGAGAAAGAAAGUGAAAAAAAGCAUCCAG